UGUCCAUCUCCAAAGAUGAAUUCAAACGUGUCCCAAAACCAGCAUCUGCAGUCCCUGUGAUCUUCAUCCUCCGUCAUGAAAACUGCAGCUCGUCAGAUUUUCCGGACCUGCAACAAACUCUUCUCGGGAAAAACCCAGAACGACAUCGUGGAGGCCCAUCCGUCGAACAUAGAAACGGCAACACAUUUGGAAAACAUCCACGAGUUGCCCAGCCUGUCCCAGUCUCCCAGUGUGGAGCCAGUGACGGACUGUGUCCACCAUGUGGAGGCCGGGAUGGAGCGGGCCCACCACGGUGGCGGCUGGCUCCUGUCGGGCAUCAUCUGCAUGAACAUCCUGAUAGUGGGCUGUGCUUUGGUCAGCGGCAGUGCUAUGAGCGGGGUCAUCACCACCGUGCAACAGCAAAUCUUCAUCAUCGUCCUCCUCCUCCUCACAAUGCUGUGGAUGUUCAUCUACAGCGUCUUCACCUCUCGAAAGGAUCAAGCCCAGUUCAAAGACAGCCAUGCGGGGCCGGUGUGGCUCAGAGUUGGACUUGUGCUGUUCGGCGUCCUCAGUCUCCUCAUGGACUCAUUCAAGGUUGUCAACUAUGUGGGCUACAUUCACUGUGAAUCGGCUGUUAAAGUCGCCUUCCCUGUCGUGCAAGCUGUGUUUCUGCUUUCCCAGACAUACUUCCUGUGGACUUAUGCGAAAGACUGUGUACAGAUACAAACGAAUUUUACUCGGUGUGGCCUUACUCUUACACUGUCAACGAACCUGGUCGUGUGGAUGGCAGCAGUGACCGAGGAAUCGAUUCACCAGACUGAGCUUCCAGAUGUAAAUACCAGCGUCUCUCACAAGAUGUACAGAGCGAACUACGGGGAUCGACGGUGCAAAUGCAGCCACUCGAUGUGCGACACCUUCAGUGAGGCCUUCUACUACCUGUACCCCUUCAACAUCGAGUACAGCCUCUUUGCCUCUGCGAUGGCGUACGUCAUGUGGAAGAACGUGGGUCGCCUCGUGGACGACCACAGCUCCCACAAGGUCAAGUUUCGUCCAAAGGAUGUGUGUUUCGGACCCGUGACGGGAAUUCUCCUGCUUCUGUCGGGACUCGUGACGUUCAUCCUGUACGAGGUGGGCAUACUGGCGGAGGAGAAGGAGAAGAGAAAAGAGGCGUUGAUGAUUCAUUUCAUCUCCAACAUCGUGAUAGUGAGCCUGAUGUCCAUCGCCGCCGCCAUCGGCUGCGUCGUCUACAGGCUCGACCGCAGGGAGCACGUGUCGGAGAAGAACCCAACUCGCACCCUGGACAUGGCGCUGCUGGUGGGAGCCUCGAUGGGACAGCUGGUCAUCAGCUACUUCUCUAUCGUGGCGGUGGCGGCGACGGGGGCCAGGGGCCACCUGAACGCCCUCGACCUGGCGUGGGCCGUGCUGACGGUGCUCGAGCUCGGCCUCCAGAACUACUUCAUCAUCGAGGGCUUGCACCGGGAGCCCUUCCACGUGAUGGAGGAGGCGGCUCUGCACACAAACGCCCAGAGCGUCCACGAACACAUAGAGACGAUGGUUGUGAUGGAGGGCAACAAGUCCAACUACUUCCUGAACUCGAGUGUCGACACGCCAAACUGGAAGAGGAGAAUACUGAAGGAAGUGUGUGCCUUUCUGCUGCUCGCCAACAUCAUAAUGUGGAUCAUGCCAGCGUUCGGCGCUCGUCCCCAGUUCGAUCACCCCGUGGAGGCGAAACUCUACAAGUUCACAGCUUGGGCUGCGAUUGUGAACGUCGGACUUCCUUUUGGGAUCUUUUACCGCAUGCACUCAGUGGCCAGUCUGUUUGAAGUCUACCUGAUCUCUUAGCUUUUUGUGUAUAGAAUUGAGUAAUUUAUAAAAAGUAUAUUUGGUGACAAAUGUUACUUAUUUUAAAUGUAUCUUUUAUUAAUAAAUGUGAUUUAGUUGUCAUUGCUAUAUUGCACACGAAGUUGUGUGCAAUAUUUCUAUUCAUGUUCAGCACAUUAUCUGCAAUAUUACCUCUACUUAGUUCUCCUUUGCAUGUCACUUAUAUUCCUAUUGUAAAUUCUCAGCACAGGUUCUACAUUUACUCGAUAUAAGCUUUAUUUAUAUUGUCAUAUUUUUGGUACUUAAUACACUUUUACAUUUUAUUCCAUUGUACUGUAAUCUUGGAGAAUUGAGGAAUUUCCAUCAGCAUGAAUUAAGUCUUAACUGUUGAUUUG